CAUGGAUGCCUCGAGCUCAUGCUCUGAUCCACACCCAUUUGGUUCGUUGUCCGAUGUUUCUCCCACGACAGCCCAAAGAGCCAUAAAUUCAGACGAGGAGAUUAUUUUGUCUUCGAGCAGGCCGAAGAAGCGAGCUGGGAGGAAGAAGUUCAAGGAGACGAGACACCCGGUUUACAGGGGCAUAAGGAGGAGAAGAUGGAAUUCCAACAAGUGGGUUUGCGAGCUACGCGAGCCCAACAAGCAAUCGAGAAUAUGGCUAGGAACGUAUCCUACUGCGGAGAUGGCGGCUCGAGCUUACGAUGUUGCUGCAUUGGCGUUAAGGGGUCAUUUGGCUUGCUUGAACUUUGCUGACUCCGUCUGGCGUUUGCCCGUCCCGGCGUCCAGGGAUGCCAAGGACAUCCGUAAAGCGGCAGCCGAGGCGGCGGAAAUGUUCAGGUCCCAAGAAGAAUGUGAUAAUAGCAAUUCUGAGGCUUCUGCCAGCGGAAGCGGGAGCGAGUCUGGAGAUCAUCAUCAUCAUCAUCAAGUAGGAGAAGAAAUCGGGGAUAUCCAACACGACAACAAUGAAGUAAGCAGCUUUGGUCACGGGGAGGCGUUGCAGAAGAAUGGUGAGGAAAGUACGAGUUCGAUGUUUAUGGACGAUGAAGCUCUGUUUGACAUGCAUGGGUUGAUGGUAAACAUGGCAGAAGGGCUUUUGCUGUCUCCACCUCAUUGCUUAGGAGAGAGUUAUAGUUUUGAUGAGGUGGAAAGUGAUGCUGAAGUGCCAUUGUGGAGUUAUACAUUUUAAUUUGAGUUGUAAUC